AUGAAUACAAUUCUUCUAAGAAACAUCUCAUUCCACGCACACCGUAUUCGUCUUUCUUACCCCUACAAAUCUUCACCUUCACUUCUCUCUCUUUCCCAACCCACCUCGUUCUUCUCUUCUCGUAGUGAUAGUGAUCCACCUCCUUAUAUCCCACAUACCCAUGACAACAAACAACAACAACAACCACUAGAUGUAGAAGAAAUAAGCAAUGAAGAGUUGAAGAGGCGUGUUGCGAGGCUUAAGGAAGGUGAUGAUGAUGCGAUUCCAGCUGUGUUUGAGGCAGUAUUGCAAAGAUAUUUGACAGGGAAACCUAUAGAUGCUGACCAAGAUUUGAUGAGGGAGAUUCUAGGGAAGGGGACAGUGUCAAAAGAUGAAGACGAGGAUGAGUUUGAUUCUGAUUCUGAUUUGGAGGGAAUGAGUGACACUGAUUUUGAAGAGGAAGAAGAUUCUAAUCUAGAUGUUAAAUCAAGGAUUGGAUCCAAUGAAGAAAAGACUAAGAUGAAGUAA